AUGGCCUUCUACCGCUCCGGCCACGGCGGGGGCCUCGGCGGCGCGGGCGGCGCCUACGGCGGAGGCGGGGGCCUCGGCUCGGGGCUCUUCGGGAGCUACGGCAGCGGCCUCGGCUCGGGGCGCUUCGGGAGCUACGGCGGCGGCCUUGGCUCUGGGCUCUUCGGAGGCUACGGCGGCGGCCUCGGCGGUGCGGGCGGCGCCUGCGGCCCGGGCGGCGCCUACGGCGGAGGCGGCGCGCACGGUGCCGGCGCCGGUGGCUGCACUGGGUGCUGUGCCGAGGCCACCGCGUGCAUGGGCUGCGGCCCCGCCUGCGGCGCGACCUGCGCCGACUCCUCCGGCUGCGGGGCGGGCGGCACCACCGUGCUGAGCUACGUGGGCCCAGGGGGCGACUACGCCCAGGAGACCACCUACAGGUACGUGGGCACGGGCGCGGGCGAGUUCGGCGUGAAAAGGAUCGACUGCCAGCAGGGCGACGCCAUGAGUUGGGACAUCCCGAAGAAGGUCUUUUGCUGCCUGCACGUGGGCAAGGGGUGCCCCACGACGCCGCCGGCGCCCAGCACUAUGCCCGCGCCAGUGCCAGUGGUCACCACCUCGCCCUGUCCGAUCGACUGCAACGCUGGUUACAACGACUUGGAUCCUUUGCAGUGGGUCCGCGGCUGGUCUGGCCAGAAGAAGCUGUACUGCUGCAGGACCGCGAACAAGGGCUGCCCCUCGGAGCUGCCUCCGCCCUCGGGGUUGCCGCCGUCCAACGCUCCGGCGGAGCCGGACAGGACCGUGUACGACUGCGACGCUGGCUACCACCACUGCAUGCAUUGCUUGGAGCUCUCGUGGUCGCCGAGGAAGAUCCAGUACUGCUGCGCAAACUUCCACAAGGGCUGCAGGGGCGAGGAGCCAGCGUGA